CAUACAAAUAGUUCAAUUACGAGAGAUUGUAAUGAGAUUACGUUUCAUAAUAAUAGACCAUACGAUUUUUUCUUAUUUUUCGGUCCUUUUUGUUUAUUCACGCAUGGUUGCGGCUAUCAAUUUCCGGUUCAGUUUUUCCGCCAUUUCCCGCUAAAUUGCGUAGUACAUUGCUUCGAAAGAGGGUUCGAUGAGAGUCUUCAAAGGUUAAACGUUGCGACGUUGCGCGUGAAACAACCAGUUAUUUCAUAACCUCUACGACAAUAAUAUUGUAUAUUUUAAUUUUUUUGCCGCAUAUGAUUGUCAGACACCUGAGGAUCGGGGUAUACUCAAAAAUGGUCUUCGCUUCAGGCUUUAAAAGAUUAAGCAUAGGAUUUUAUAACAUGCUUCAGAAAGGUCCUAGACCAUUGGUCCUGUGCGGUCCAUCUGGCACAGGCAAAAGUACUCUGAUCAAACGUCUCUUUGAAGAAUUUCCUGAUACUCUGGGAUUUUCAGUUUCUCAUACAACUAGAGUACCAAGAUCGGGCGAAGAGCAUGGUAAACAUUAUUACUUCACAACUAAAGAAGCCAUGCAAGAUCUUAUUGAUCAAGGAGAGUUCAUUGAGAAUGCUGUUUUCAGCGACAAUAUGUAUGGAACAAGCAAAAAAGCUGUUGAGGACGUGAAGAACAAUGGUAAAAUAUGUGUCCUGGAUAUCGACAUGCAAGGUGUCAUGCAAAUAAAGAAGAGCGAUCUCGAACCGCUGCUCAUUUUCAUAAAACCUCCUUCGAUAUCGGAACUUGAAAAUCGUUUGAAAGGCAGAAAAACUGAAACUCAUGAUUCCUUACAACGACGUUUGUCCAUGGCCAGAGCAGAGAUUGACUAUGGUGAACAGCCCGGAAAUUUUCAUGCCGUGAUUGUCAACGACAACUUGGACAAGGCUUACGAAAAACUGCGUGAAAUUGUCCUGGAAGAACUUAAGAGAUACCAGGAAAUCAAGAGCUAAGAUCAUAGAGAAUAAUAUCUUAGAGGAUUCUCGAAAACUACUGGCUUCCGGCAAAACUACGCUCUUUAAACCUGACGGUACAUACGAAGAUUAAUGUCUAACGAAUAAGAGAAUUUAUUAAUUUUUUCUUCUGUGCUUUCGAGUCCGACGAUCAUUUUGAGGCAUUUCAAGACAGCAUUACUUCCUAGUUUUCAAUUCAUAGAAACCUUCGUCCAAAGGGUUAUCAACGUUGAAAAAAGUUUCGACGACUUGAAAGCUUUACCGAGUUCUCUUCAACGUUUCCCACUAUUUACGGGUGAUUGUUUAUUCAAGAACGUUGCAACUUCUCGAGCAAAUAAAAACUUUCCAAGCCUUGAAUUCAGUAGUCACCCGAUGAAAAAAAGGCCGAGGAAACUCUCAUUUUAGAAUUUGUAAAUUCGACGAGUGUUCGGAUAAAUAUUCCAAGUUUUUCGCCAACCGUAGUUCGACUGAACUUUAAGUAGUUACCGAGUGACUUCACAAUGAUCAUGAAUAAGGUUCGAAAAUAGAAAAACACAGGUUUCAUCAUCCCGAAUAGCAAAUUCGGUCUCUGAACAUUAAAAACUAUUUUUACAUCUACCAAUAUACAUUAGAAUGUACUUAAAAAUGUCUCAUAGUACUUAAGUUACCUGAUUCAUGAAACCGAAGUAAAACGACGCAAAGUUACUGUAAUUAACUCAAUAUACUGUAUUCUGUAUAACAAAAUGGAACAAUCUUUGUUUCAAUGUACUAUAUUCCUCCACGAAAAUCUACAACGAGCAACCCCCGGAUUCGUGGAGUAAAAACGCCCUUGAUUGAUUUCGAUACAAAAAAAACCUGAUUUUGUCAUUUUUUCUAAGCAUAGUUUCCUCUUUAUACGGUUUUCAUCACUAAAUGUCUACCUAAUGCGCUUAUGCUGGGAAAACAAUCGAGGUCGUUUUCGACUCUGUCGUAGAAUCGAAAUUCGAAAACGUAGAUUGUAGACGUCGGGGGUUGAGGCGAACGACCGAAACUUCAGCGGAGCCUCAGAUAAUUUCGCUUGGAAAUCGUAAAAUCAAUCGAAUAAAUGAACUUCAUACCACAGCAUGAGAAACUGCGACGAAGUUGGGGUCGUUUACCUCAUAUACGAUCGUUGAUACUCGUAAGACUAGAUUUUAGGAAAAAAAAGAAAUUAGAUUUAUGAAAAAUUGAGAGUAUUCACCAGAAUGAAAUUGUGUUCUCAUAGAAUAGCUAAUUACGUGUUAUAAGUGUCAUCUUUAUUCGCAUGACGGUAUCGCAUAAGAACUGAUCAUGGCGAUUCAAACACUCAAUAUAUCUCGACUAUUAUUAUUAUCUAUCGUGUAUAUACCAGACUCGUAAGCAUUGAAUUAAUGUAGUAGCGAUAAAACGUUGAUGCUUUGUAGUCACAUAGCGACUGCUUAUAAAAAUUCCAUUUGAAAAGUGUCCGAACGUUUCAUCUCCACUUUAUCAACUUUUGACAACAAUGACAUACAACAGGGAAGAUAGAUCAUAUUAAUGUUAUAACUCUAACGAGAAAUGAGAUAGAGAAAAAAGACACUUUUCAUCACUUCAUCGGAAUAGAUCAAUGUAAUUGGCCACCGUAAAACUUGGAACGCAUGCGUUAAGUAGAGAAGGCUGAUAAUAAUUGAGAGCUUUCUUAAUAAAUAUUAUCUUGAAUUAUAGUACUUCGGAGAUACAAGAAAAAUCUGAAGGAAAAAUCAACACUGUACAUUGAGGACUCUGAAGGCAUUUAUUUUCUAAAAUAAUGAUGCCAAGGCUUGUCGAUAACUGCGUUUUGAAGAAUAGAACAGAGACGUUUAUUUUUGUUGGAUUUUAUUUUAUUUUUUGAAAAAAAAAAACGUAUUGAAAGUUAUCCGUUUCACGACUCGAUGAUUCACUGCAACAGGAUUUCAAAAAUCGUGUCACAUUCGCCGUUGUAGAAAAUUAAGCUGUACGUAAGCUACCCACGAUACAAAAUUAUAAUACGCUUAAGAAACAAUUAUGUAAUAAAACUGAAAAGUUUCUCCAACUCACCAACCUCGUUGAUAUUUCCAUCGCGCUCUUCGUCAUCUUACAUUCAUAUUUUCAUUGAAGAGUUGUUCGACAAAUUUUCUAUUAUUUUCUGUGGAAACGCUCAUAUUCACUAGGAAAUCAAUCACUAAAAAUUGAAAUUCAUCAAAAUUUGGAUGCCUGUCGAAAAAUAAUGUGUCACUAUCGAAAUUUUGAUCAAUUCAUGAUAAAGUUCGUGUUUUUUUUUUUUCAUUUUCUGUGGAUUCAUUUGGUCAACUUUAAUUCUGAAUUGAAUCCUGUCAAUUCCAUGACGUUUGUCACACGAAGGAAUUAUAAAUGAGUUGGAAAAGGAGAGACUGCAGUUGGGGUCGAAAAUGUGUUUAUCGAAUCGUUGAAAAAUAAUUAUAAAACCGGAAAAUUAUCUUCAGAAUACGAAUUUAAUGUAAUCGUUGAUGAACUAUGUGAAAACGUUGAUACUUGUAAAGAAUAAAGAUGUUGCAUCGAUGAA